AUGUUUGCACAGGCAGAAGCGCAUUUUGCCAACCAUCGCAUCACCAACCCGCGGGCCAAGUACAAUGUCGUCGUUAGUUCGCUUGCUCCUGAAUACGCCGCUGAGAUUCGGGACUUGCUCCUAGCGCCGCCAGCCGAGGAGCCGUACCAAGUCCUGAAAGAGGCGCUCACCACACGCACCCAAAAGUCCGAUCAGGCACGGUUGCGUGAGCUACUCUCGACAGCGGACAUCGGGGACAGGGGACAGCCGACCAAGUCGCGUCCUCCGCGAUCCGACGCAUGCAACAGCUUUUGGGCAGUAGACCCGACUGUCCUGCGCGAGCUGUUUGUACAGCGUUUGCCCGUGACGGUCCGCCUGAUUCUGGCUGCAACACCUGCAAGCCUCAGCCUGGACGUAGAUGAGGCGUUUCAACCCGGGUUGAGUUCGACCCGGGUCAGAUUUCAACCCGCCAUGUGCACAAAGUGA